AAAGCAUACGGAGCAGCCGAAAACAUGGAUUCUAACGAAAUGAAAAAAACUAUUUUUCUUAAAAAUGUAGAAAGCGAUGAAAUUUACACUAUUUUAUUGACUGAAGAAGAAGCAAAAUGUUUAGGAGCAGGUAAUAGCAUAAAUGCCAUAAGAGAGAGUGAAAUAAGUCAUGCAGAGUCUUUACAUAGUGACAAUGUUGGAGUUUUUAAAUGGCCUCAUGAAGCGAUUCUUUUAUUGAUCGAAGAAUAUACUUUGCGACAAAAAGAUUUUAUCACUGGAAACAUAUCACACAAGAAGAUAUGGUCAUUAAUCGCAGAUAAAUUAAAAAAACAUGGAUAUAACGUAACUGGACUGCAAUGUUUGUCCAAGUUUACUGGUUUGAAACGAACUUAUAAUGGUAUUAAAGAAAGCAACAGAAAACCUAGAUCUGUAAUAUGGCCAUAUUUUUCUAAUAUGGAUGAAUUACUUCAUUCAAAAUCAUGUACAACACCACUAAUAACAGUAUCAUCAACUGAAAGAAAACGUAAGGCACGUUCUGAAUGCAGUACAUCUAGUCUAGGUACUUGUUUCGAAGACAAAAGGCUGGUUUAUAAAAAAUCUCGGCAAAUGUCUACUAUAGAAGAAUAUAUGGAAGAUCUUCGAAAUGGACGAAAAAUUUCGGAAGAAGCUAUUGAGAGGCGUCAUAAAGAAAAUAUAGAAUUACAUUAUCAAUUACUUAAUUCAUUUGAGAAAAUGUUAAAUAUUUUAGAAAAAAAAUAAUAGUAAAAAAAACAGACGAUCGCCCGCUCCAUUCGUCGUGCACAUUUUCGCGUCCUUCAUUGAAAAAUCGUAUACCCAUCUUUAUACCAUUGACUGCGUUUGCAGAGAAAACUAAUCAGUGUGAGCGCUCAAUGAUUCUUCAAUAUGAUUGAUUCUAUUGGUCCUACAUUUAGAUCUAUUGAAGAUCUAAAGAUAAGAACCAAUGAUAUUAAAGAGUCACUGUGUAUUAUGUUUCCCCUAAAUA